GCUGAGGGCCCGCGGCGUCGGUGGCGGUUGGGAGGAGGUGUCCGUCCCCUUAGUAACCGGCGCGGCGGCGCUUCCUCGCGGGAGGGAGGGAGGGAGAGAGAGAGAGAGGCGACGCGAGGGGAGUCGUUAGGAGCUGAGGCGCCUCCGGGAGGGUAUGAGAUGGAUAUCGUACUGAAUUAUGCCGACCACUAUGUCUUCACCCCAUUCGUGUACCCCACCUCCUGGCCAGAGGAUGGUGCCUUGCGCCAGAUAAUCAGCCUCCUCAUCGUCACUAACCUGGGAGCUUCCGUCAUCUAUAUUUUGUUCGGAAUGUUUAGUUAUUAUUUCAUCUUUGAUCACAGGUUGAUGAAACAUCCUCAGUUCUUGCCGAACCAAGUGCGACGUGAGAUACAUUGUGCCAUGCAUUCCAUGCCAUGGAUAAGCAUUCCAACCGUCGCACUGUUUUUUGCUGAGGUCCGCGGAUACAGCAAGCUCUACGACCAUAUUGAGGAUUCUCCUUUUGGCUGGUUUGGGGUGAUUUUAAGCAUGGUCUCCUUCCUCUUCUUUACCGACAUGUGCAUCUACUGGAUCCAUCGAUUCCUUCACCACAAACUCAUCUACAAGUAUUUCCACAAGCCCCAUCAUGUUUGGAAGAUCGCUAGCCCAUUUGCGAGUCAUGCUUUUCAUCCAGUGGACGGCUUUCUGCAGAGCAUCCCGUACCACAUCUACCCGUUCCUCUUCCCACUGCACAAAGUGGUCUACCUGGGCCUCUAUAUCUUAGUCAAUAUUUGGACCAUCUCCAUCCAUGAUGGAGACUACCGAGUCCCAAAGCUAUUCGAAGAUUCCAUCAAUGGCUCAGCCCACCACACCGAUCACCACCUAUUCUUUGACUACAAUUACGGGCAGUACUUCACGCUGUGGGACAGAAUUGGAGGCUCCUACAAGUACCCUUCAUCGUUCGAGGGCAAGGGCCCACAUGACUACCUCAGGAAGAUGGAAGCAGAAGCCAAACUGAGGAACGGCUCUCCCAGCAGUGGCCGCCCUGGUGACAGCACAUCCAACGGAAAAGCUUCCAAAGAAGAAUGAAUCCAAGGGAUUUCUGAUCAUUCCCUUUCGUUGAUUCCAAAGAGGGGUCUUUUACCCGCUGAACAAAACGCUGUAACAAUACAUAAUCCAGGCAAACCACUGCUGUCUGCAUUCUUAUAUUUAAUAAUUCAAUGAUAUCUAAUCAAUACAAGCAGCAGCAGCAAAUUACCACUCCCCUGAGAGGUUGGGGAGCCUAAGUUCACCCAGCUCUCUGCAGAUCUGUUGAAAGGGCAGUUUUCGGCAAAGAAUUUGCAGAUGCACAAUCACAUGCAGAUUCAUUGCAGAAGAUCUGCAAGAGCCCCAAGCGUCAGGGACUCGGCAUGUUACUAAGUCAACAACUUUAUUCUUGCUGUGGGCUUGAAUCGUAUUCUCAGUACUCUUGAUUAAAGCAUGUAACCGUGGAUGGUGUGUCAGAUUAGGAAUUGCGUUAGUUGGAGGGGGAAUGGUUGUUGUGGUUUUGACAAAUUCAAACAGCACUUUUUAAUGGAUGCAUUUUCUGUGCCAUAGGAUUGUCAAAAGGUAGUGCUUUGUGUUUUAAGAACGUUUUAAAAAUAACGAAUGCAAUACUGGUAUGCUGAGUAGUAAUCAAUAUGUCUAAUGAGCAGAAUAUUUUUGAUUGUCUAUUUUAUCAGUGUCCAAGCCGCCUUCUUUAUUUGUACCUUAGGUUGUCCUGUUUACAUCCUCAUGACAUGAAAAAUGCUUCAAAAAAGUAAUCUUUUGUUGUUGUUCUAUCAAUGUUCGCUGCCUUUAAUACCAUGCAUAAAUGUGUUUUUCUUAGAACAUUGCUGCUAAUGUGCAAGAUUAUGAGUGGGGGAGUUGUGGAGAGAGAGACACACACACACAAAAUGAUCCUCUUGCCUCAAUGAAUCUAGUGACUUGUGAUUGCACAAUGCAUGAGUAAAAUAUAGUGAAGGACACUGGGUCACAGACUGGGGCUGAACAGUGGGGCUUGGCUUCAAACCAGGUUGUAACUCGAAAUGAUUCAAAAUGCACUGUUUGGAUGGUUCUUUUAUCCCAUGAUUGGCGAGCAAGCGAGAACCCACAGCACGGAACCGCUCCCAGUUCUUAUCGAACAACAAUCACUACAAGAGCCCACUCUCGGUUGGCCAAUGAAGGAAUUGAAACUGUUAUUUCGUAGGGAUCCUUCAGUGGCUGGGGUUGAGAGUUUUAUUUUUGCCAAACCUGACCUUGUGGUUCAUCAGUCUUCCCUUAACUGGCAGCACCACGUUCAUCCUAGUUGUGGAGUCCGUGGAGUAUAGUGGUUAGCACGCUCGCCUUGCAAGUGAGAGGUCCCGGGUUCGAUUCCCGGUCGGGGCAAAAUCUUAGACAAGUUUCCUUUACUCCAUACGCCUCUGUUAAACUAGCAGUAAAUGGGAACCCGGUUGUUAUCAAUUGCCGGGUUGCUUUCUGGGAAUAGUAAUCCCUCAGUCCCCUCCCCCAAAAAUGUGGUCCUUCAAUCCACAACUGUUUGUGGGACACUGCUGUGCUCAUUGGGUACCGUGUUUUGCCACAAAAUAUACAGUCAAUACACUUUACAAUAUAUUCUGUGAAGCACUUUCAGACAUCUCAAUGACGUGAUAAGGCACUAUAUCAAAUGCAAGGAUUAUUAUUAUUAAAAAGCAAAUCUUGCAAAUCCUAAGGCUAUUGAUGUGGCAGACAGGACACUGAAAUCCUAGAUUAUACAAUUUCAUUUUAGCAACUAAGAUCCCCUUUGGGCCCUGACUGCGGAAUUGAAUUUAGGGCUUGUCUAUGGCACUGUUGAUUGGAUUGACUACAGAUGUGAGCAUGAUAGAGAUCCUACCUUCUAUACUGUGCUGCUUUUUAAUAAAAUGUUUACCUAAUGAAAAUGUGAUGAAAUAAAGGGUAAGAUUUGGUGUUGACCAGUAA